AUGGCGGAUGCUCAGGAAACUGAUAAGAACAUUGAGAUAUGGAAGAUCAAGAAGUUGAUUAAGGCACUAGAAGCUGCUAGGGGAAAUGGAACCAGCAUGAUUUCUCUUAUCAUGCCUCCACGUGAUCAAAUAUCUCGGGUUACCAAGAUGCUUGGGGAUGAAUUUGGAACUGCUUCAAACAUUAAAAGCAGGGUGAAUCGCCAAUCUGUGCUCGGGGCAAUCACAUCUGCUCAGCAGAGGCUUAAGCUCCACAAUAAAGUUCCUCCCAAUGGUCUUGUGCUGUACACUGGGACUAUAGUAACCGAUGACGGAAAGGAGAAGAAGGUCACGAUUGACUUUGAACCUUUCAGGCCCAUAAACGUGUCCCUUUAUCUCUGUGAUAACAAGUUCCAUACGGAAGCUCUUAAUGAGCUUUUAGAAUCAGACGACAAAUUUGGUUUUAUUGUCAUGGACGGGAAUGGAACUCUUUUUGGGACAUUAAGUGGAAACACCAGGGAGGUGCUUCACAAGUUUUCUGUUGACCUCCCUAAGAAACAUGGGAGAGGAGGGCAGUCAGCUCUUCGAUUUGCUCGUCUUCGUAUGGAGAAGCGGCACAACUAUGUGAGAAAGACAGCUGAGCUUGCCACUCAAUUUUACAUCAACCCUGCCACUAGCCAGCCCAAUGUUUCCGGUCUAAUUCUUGCUGGAUCAGCAGAUUUCAAGACAGAGCUGAGUCAGUCUGAUAUGUUUGACCCCAGACUUCAGGCGAAAAUUCUGAAUGUAGUCGAUGUUUCUUAUGGAGGGGAAAAUGGUUUCAAUCAGGCAAUUGAGUUGUCCUCUGAAAUCCUUUCAAAUGUGAAGUUUAUUCAGGAGAAGCGCUUGAUAGGGAAGUACUUUGAGGAGAUCAGUCAGGAUACUGGGAAAUAUGUAUUUGGCGUAGAGGACACGCUAAAAACUUUGGAGAUGGGUGCGGUUGAGACGCUUAUUGUAUGGGAAAAUCUGGAUAUUAAUAGGUAUAAGCUAAAAAAUACCACUUCGGGUGAGAUAGUUAUAAAGCACAUGAACAAGGAACAAAACUCCAUUCAAAGUAACUUCCGAGAUCCAGAGACCUCUGCUGAGUUGGAAGUUCAGGAUAAGACAUCACUUUUAGAGUGGUUUGCCAAUGAGUACAAGCAAUUUGGUUGCACCUUGGAGUUUGUUACCAAUAAAUCGCAAGAGGGGUCUCAGUUCUGCAGAGGUUUUGGUGGGAUCGGAGGAAUCCUUCGUUACCAGCUCGAUGUUCGAGCUUUCGACGACCUUUCUGAUGGAGAAGUUUAUGAAGACUCUGAAUAGCAAUCAAUAACUGUUACCCGAUCUGGAGCAGGAAUGUGGGGCAAAAUCCUGCACCAGAUGCGCGAGCUCUCGCGCUUCUUUCUGCUGCUCCGCUGCUGCUGCUCCACAAGUUUCAAAAGUUCCUAAUGAAGGUAUGCACCUGAACUCUGGAACAUAAGCUAUCCUAUUGUUAGCUGGUUAUCCCUAAGUUACAUGGACCCAGAUAUGGGGUGUAUGGUGCAGGUAUGUUUUGUGCAAGUGUAUGGAGUUAUCAUUCUUGCUAUCUCAAGGAAUGGGGAUCCAUCAGAAUAUUCAUAUUCCCUUCGUAUGACUAUUUUGUCAUAGAGCAAUAGCAUUUAUGUCCAAGUUCUUUCCAUGCAUAAUGUUGAAGUUAUUUGAGUAGUUUAGGGUUAAUCGACAAAUAUCAUUUCUUGGUGUUUAUAUCUAAAUAAAUAUGUCGAACAUGGACUCUAUAGUACUUGUAGAAGAGUCCAUGUAACAUAGGUUACUCCUGCUGAUUAAAAAAAAAACAUAGGUUACUCCUAAUGUUCUUGAUCUCUUUAUCUAUCUAUCUAUCUAGUUGCAAUGAGAUUGUUAUUGAGAUGGGAUAACUAUGAUUGAGCUACGCUUAAAUGUGGUGAUCUGGAGCAGGUGGAUAAAGGGUGUAACCCCUUCUAUUGCUCAGACAAUGCUAAUGGAAAGCUUGCUCGUGCUUUUCAUAUCACCCUUGGAUCAAGACGCUGAAGAAGUCAUGUGUACGCUGGGGAAACUUCAUAUAUUUGUCAUGGUGUGUGGUAAACCUUUUUAUCAUGCAGAACUUUUUAAGUAUUAUUAUGACGAUGUUUGGAAUAAAUUCAUGCAGAACUUUUCUGAUGAAUGUUAUGCUAUGUAUGAGGCAGACCAUUAGCCUGUCUAGUGCCAUAAUUCUGUAAUAAAUUUUAUACCUAUUUAAGGUGUGCUGCUAUCAAAUCAAUUUAUGCGUGCUA